AUGCGCACAUUUACGCGCUCCCUACGAGAGGCUCGGCCUUUACGCAGGGUCUCGGUCGUGCCCCGCGUCAAGACGCUGUUCCGACCGCUCGCGACAUCCUAUCCCCAAACGACAACGACGGCACCACUCUGCCGCGCGCAGCUCUUCGCCGCGCGAUCACUACACACCACGUCGAGCGUAGGCAAGAAGAAAGAUGCGCGGGAGCACGUUCCCACGAGCUUCCAGGACCUGGACGUGCUCGGCAGCACGCCGGUGCCGUCGACGUCGGUCGACGUCUGCAUGGACGACGGGUUCGGCCUCAACAGCGGCAUCACCAUCGGCGGCGGCGACGGCGCGCUGCUAGUCGACGGCGAGGCGUUUACGUGGCGGCCGUGGGAGAUAACAGGCCAUAUGCGCCUGCUCAACGACAAGGGGCAGUUCGACGUGCCCGCGGAGGCGUUUGCCGUGUUUGACAUGCUGUGGCCGCGACCUGAUUUGCUUAUUAUUGGCACCGGAAAGAGUAACGUGCCGCUCAGUCCCGAGUUGAAGAAGCACAUUUCAUCGUUGGGUAUACGGCUGGAGGUCUUGGAUACGAGAAAUGCGGCGUCACAAUUUAAUCUACUUGCUACGGAACGUGGCGUGACGGACGUGGCAGCUGUAUUGAUACCGCUUGGGUGGCAGGAGGGCGUCGGCGCUGGCGCUGGCGAGUAG